AUGUGGAGAAUCUACGAAGCAGUUGCCAGAUCCAGAGACGGACAGCGAAGUAGAGGAAGCGGACACAGUUGUUCCUCAAGCGACUCAGACACAGAGGACAAACCAACAGGAAUACAUCGCUACUCCGAAGGUCCAAUUGAAACAACACACCAAGAGGAAGAAGGAACAUCAGAUGAUGGAGAAACCAGUGAAGCGUCAGAGAAAGCAGAAAACAGUGACAAACACAGUGCAAGUGACAGUAGCAGACAUUCUACUGUAUCAUCUUCCUCUUCUGCCAGUUCUGUCAUUUCAGACCUGCAAGGAAACAUUGAUGACAUUGAUGAGGACAGACACAAUCACUCAGGUAAUGCCGGAAAUACAAUUAUAUCACCAAUCCCUGAAAUCACACAAGACUUAUACUUUGGCCCUACGCAGUAUAUUGAGUCUUUGGGCAAAGGCUUUCAUAGACAGAUUACCAUCAGUGAACUCACUACAAGAUUAUAUUAUAACACCCAAAGGGAGGGAAGAUCCCUCGUGUAUACAAGUUAUAGAGGAGGAGAUAGAGACACCUUUGAGCGAAUUAUUCAAACUGUUACUUCAGAUCACAGAAGGAAUUCGAUCCCACUCAGACACAGGAAUGACAGAUUCAUUGCGCUCUCCUACCACCCAUCGCCAGGCUGGGAACACUUCCACUCCUUACACUUGUGUCAAUGGAUCGGGUCAAGCUGCCGCUGUGGAGUAUUCAAUGCCAUCAGAGAAUUUCGACUUCCAGGAACAGGAUGGAGCAGACCUCUCUCAUCUAUAUCACUUGAAGCAUUCCAAACAAUUGCGGAGUAUCACCUCACGCGUGGGAAAUCGCCUGUGUACUGCGAGGUGGGAGGGGAACAGUGGAGAAUAUGUUGUGAAAAUGGAGAGAUACAAGUGGGAAGAUGUGAAGAACCUUCCUGCGAAGGACUGGUGGAGACAUGCACUCCAUCGAUCCCAAGUUAUCGGUUCUCCACACGAACAACACAUGCAGCUUGCGAUCCAACGAGAAGUAAUACUCCGUCAUCUAUGGGUGGACGAGAAGGCAGGGAAGGUGAGACACCCAGGAGUGGAACUGACUUCGGAAAUGUACAUGGGGAACAAGCAAUGACUCAGGACACACUACAGCUCUAUGGACGACCAACUGGUGGAAAACGUCGUAAGAAGAAUCCUACAGACGCCUUCUUCAGCCUCAUGUGCAGCCGUCCACACACUCCCAUCGAACGUCUCAAUGAUACACCGGAUAUCGAGCAGGACGCCGAUACGCGCAACCUUCGGUGUGAGGGGUCUAAUUGGGAUAUCGCCUUACGACGAUACUACUUGCGAGUUAACGGAGCUGAUUUGUCAAAACUGUUUCAAAUGCAAUAUGCAAAAGAUGUUAUACCUGUUUAUUCUGCUUGGGGUAGUACUAACGUAGAUUCAUAUUAUGAGGGUUUGUGUGAUAGUGUUUACAAUUUAUGUUACUUGUUAAUGCACCAGUGUAAUUAUGAUAUAAGUCUUUUGCAGAAAUUUUUAGAUAUAUUGAUUAGUGUUCUAGAAAAGAAAUCCGGUAAAAAGAAUUGCAUAUUGAUUAAAGGACCACCAAAUAGUGGUAAAAAUUACUUUUUUGAUGCACUUUGUGACUUUAUGUUAAAUCCUGGCAAGAUGGAAAACCCACAUAGAGGUAAUCAAUUCCCUUUCCAAUCAUGUAUUAACAGAAGAAUAAUUAAAUGGGACGAACCGUUUUUGGAUAUUGCCUUUCAUGAAGAUGUUCUUGAUUUAAUGCAAGGUAAAGUUAAAGCAGUAAAUGUAAAGUUCAAACGACACCAAUCACUUACCAGAACACCCAUUGUAAUACUUUGUAAUACAAAUCCUUUUCCAAAUCAGGAAAGAUUUAACUGUAGAUACUUUGAAUUUAAUUGGCAAAAAGCACCUUUCUUAAAAGAUAUUGAAAAACAGGCAUAUCCACUAGCAGCUGGUUCAAUCUUGAUGUGGGGUAUGAAAAAUAAUAAUUACAAUCUAAGCUUAGUAUCAGAAUGUUUGUAUAAGGUUUUAAAUAAAUAUAGUACAGAAAAUAUAUUGUAACCAUUUAUUUAUAAAUAAAAUAUAUAUCUUUAUCUCUAUU